GAAUUAAAAAAGAAAAAGAAUAAAUUAAAUGAAUCCCAUUUUUUCACCAUUUCCAAAAUAAAUUGAACAAAAAAAAAACACUCAAAACCAUCUUCUACAUACCAUGUCAAGUACUUCAACUACUACUACUGAUAUCACUACGACUUGGAGCAAAGAAGAAGAGAAGGCUUUUGAGAACGCCAUAGCCAUACAUUGGAGCACCACAGAUCAAGAGGAUGAGGAAUCGGAGGAGCAAUGGCAAAAGAUGGCUUCGAUGGUUCCCACUAAAUCCAUGGAGGAGCUCAAACGACACUACCAAAUGCUCCUCGACGACGUCACUGCUAUCGAAGAUGGUCGUAUCCCAGUUCCCUACUACACGGUUCCAGCAGACUCUUCUAAGACGAUGAUGGGUAAGGACAAUUCUCAUGUUGUUUCUGGGUCGGAGAAGAGAAUGAGUUCCGGCCAUGGGAGUUCUGACUUUUCAGGGCUUCAAGGUCACGACUCUGGUGGCCAUGGCGGCAAAGGAGUAUCUAGAGCUGAACAAGAGCGGAGGAAAGGUAUUCCGUGGACUGAAGAAGAGCACAGGUUAUUUCUAUUGGGUCUUGAUAAGUUUGGCAAAGGGGACUGGAGGAGCAUUUCAAGGAAUUUUGUAAUUUCAAGGACCCCAACCCAAGUGGCCAGUCAUGCCCAAAAGUACUUUAUUCGGCUGAAUUCAGUGAAUAGAGAUAGGAGGAGAUCCAGUAUCCAUGACAUCACGAGCGUCACCAAUGGGGAGGUUCCACCUCACCAGGCUCCAAUCACUGGAGUACAACAGCCCAAUACCAACUCGCCAAGUGUACCAGCCAUUGGGGCGCCACCGGUGAAGCACCGCGUUCAGACCCACAUGCCCGGAAUGGGUAUGUACGGUGCACCAAUGGGGCACCCUGUGGCGGCGGCAUCGGCCGGCCACAUGGCUUCGGCUGUUGGGACACCUGUCAUGCUUCCGCGUGGUCACCAUCAUCAUCCUCCUUAUGUCGUGCCUGUUGCGUAUCCUAUGGCACCACCAACAAUGCACCAAUAAUAUCUACCAUGUUUUUAGGUCAAGCACUCAGUUUGAGCAUAAACUGAAAUUGUUUAUUUUACUUGACUCGACAUUUUAAAUAUUUUAUUGUUUCGCAACGUUGCUAACGAAAACAAAAGAGAUAAGAGUAAAACCGAGGGGAAAAAGAGAACGAAAAAAAAAAAGAAGAAUAAAUAGCAAAGAAGAUUGAAGGGGUAUGUUUUCUUUUUUAGUUAAUUAGAAAUCCGGAUUGGAUUUUAAAGUUUUUUUUAGAUUCGGAGUUGAGUUGUACAUAUUCAUUUCUUACUGAUUAAAUUUGAAAACUGUCAAUGAUUAA